GUCGAGAACGUCACACAUAGAUACAGAGCUAGUGAUACACACAGAACCGAAAAAUCAAUAAGUUAACAAUAUUGCUUACGUUGCAUUAACUGUUCAAUGAAUGACAAUAUGUUGGAAGAAUAUAAAGCUGUGAGCGUUCUGAUCGCCUACAUAACAUUAUUGUUGGGCGCCAACGCUGAAAUACAUUAUGAGCAAAAGAACAAUAUAUUUUCUGAUGCCUUGCUCAAUGAUUUGCUGAUGCGUAUGGACAACGACAUGCAGGCUGGCUAUUAUGAUGCCGAUAAUGAGGGUGAAAUGGCCGCUGCGCCACCCAAGGAUAAUGUAGAUUUGGUGUCGCGUUCAGAGUAUGGCAGACUGUGUGACGGAGAUGCCGAUUGCCUAUUGCAAUCAAGUCGCAAUCCUUCGCUGCGCGACCACGAAUUUAUGCAGCACAGCUCCCUGUGGGGACAUCAGUAUGUGUCCGGCGGCAUGGGUGAGAUGCCCAAUGGCUACAACAUUGUUAAGACCGAUGCCAGCUUGCCCGCCUACUGCAACCCACCCAAUCCUUGCCCUGCUGGCUAUGACAUGGAACAACAGGCUGGCAAUUGCAUUGCUGACUUUGAUAAUACAGCCAUCUAUAGUCGUGAAUUCCAGGCAGCCCAGGACUGCACUUGCGAUAGCGAGCAUAUGUUUGAUUGUGCUGACCAGGAGAACGCUGGCCCUGACGGUGAGAGCGCUGAAAUCCGAGAUAUUCAAAAGUUUUUAAUGGAUCAGUUCGGCAAGGGCAACGGUGUGGAUAGAGCCAAUGCUGUGGCCAAGAAGGCUGCACGCGACGCUGGGCAGCUUAACGUGGAUGUUUUGCCAAAUCCUUUCCUGCAAGUCGGCCCAGGUGACCGUCUGCCAAUCGCUGCCAAAAAGGGCAACAUGCUUUUCCAUUAGAUAACAUACUCAACUACAUACAUGUAACCGCGCUCGUUAUCAAAUAAUCUUGACAGUUUUAGCAAGAGCAUAAAUUAUAAACGAUUCUCUGUGUCUAUUAAUACUUAUCAUAGAUGUUGCCCUCCCGCGCUAAUGCGAUAUGCGUAGAUGACGCUUCCAAGUAGUACCCACAUACAUAAAUAAUAUAAUCCAUAAUAAAACGAGGGCUCAAAGCCGAAACAAA